AUAGCAGCGGUCCAGCGGCAUGAUGGAAGUGUGCGGCUCCUCGAGUGUGACUCUGAGAGAGUUUGGUUGUGAGCAGAGUUUAUUGUCUCGACCUGACGGCUCAGCGUCCUUCAGUCAAGGAGACACAAGUGUGUUGGCCGCAGCUUAUGGACCAGCUGAGGUCAAGUUCAGUAAAGAAAUCUAUGACCGGGCAACUCUGGAGGUGUUGAUACAGCCCAAAGUGGGACUGCCAAGUGUAAGAGAGCGAUCACAAGAGCAGUGUGUGCGAGAAACCUGCGAGGCAUCUCUGCUCUUGUCACUUCAUCCUCGCUCCUCCCUCACUCUCAUUCUUCAGCUGAUACACGACGACGGUUCAAUGUUGUCCUGCUUUUUGAAUGCUGCCUGCAUGGCGCUCAUGGACGCGGGCCUGCCGAUGAGUUGCCUGUUCUGCGGCGUGACCUGUGCCAUCGACGCAGACGGUCAAAUCAUCACAGACCCCACUGCAGUGCAGGAAAAGGAAAGUCGGGCUGUGAUGACCUUUGCUAUUGACAGCACGAAACGCAAAGUAAUAAUGUCGUCCACCAAAGGAUCGUUUUCAGUACACGAGCUGCAGCAGUGUAUCGCAGUCAGUCAGAAAGCAUCGGAGAAGAUCUUCCAGUUCUACAGAGACUCCGUCAGCCGCCGAUACUCCAAAACCCUCUGAAUCAGCAGCUCUUUUCUUUUUCUCGUCUUUUUAUUUAAAAACAAUUUGUACAAUGAAUAUAAAUCGUGAUGUUAGAAUAUAACAUUUGUUCACCACUUCAUCCCUACCUUUGUGUCAGUCAGCUGUGCUGUGGGCGAAGUGAGUUUCACAUUUGAACAUUUGUGUGAAGACAUCGGUGAAGUGUUCAGUGAGUGUGAGAAAAGAAAAAGAGCAAAGAUGAAUGUCAAACAAGUGCAUUUAUUGGGAUUUAUUGAUUAUUCUCUCCGUUUUAUAUUUACACGUAAUAAAAGGAUGUGGAAUAAAUACCUCUUGUACUAACUCA